AUGGAGCCUCAAAUUUCUGCGUUUCCGGCGCACACAAUGCGAACAUUUGCAUUCGCUUAUCUGGUGCUUGCAAUAAUUGCAUAUAUACCCAAACUCAUCUAUAGAGUGAAAUUGGCAAAGUUGCCUAUGUUCGAUGACAGCACUACUGAGAAGCAGCGGCAAUUCUAUAUGACAUCUGCGAAGAAUGUCUAUUACACUCAGCUCUCUACGCACUCAAUGGCUCAUGAACAUCAUUUUAAAAACAAGGUCUAUCGUAUUGCGGCGCUCUACGAAAACGAUGUUGUGGUUUUACAACCCAGCAUUCUGCCCGAGCUACGAAAACUUGGACAAGAUGUUCUGAGCCCUUACAAGAUGGCCAAGCAGACCAUGGAGGCGAAGUACACGAAAAUCGAGUAUAGCCUUACAUUCCUUGCUCAUUCCGUACAGGCUGAUCUUACCCCUGCAUUGACACGCAUGAAUGAUCAAGUCUGUGAGGAGAUUGAGGUUUCCAUGAAUCACUACUUCCCGCGCUGCGAAAACCCAACUCCAAUCCAGCUGUACGGGAUCCUGGCCAACAUCGUCACCCAAGUAUCUGGCCGCAUCUUCGUCGGACCAGAGAUUGACCGGGAUCCAACCUACCUUGAUUGUGCAGUCAACUACGCACAUGAGAUUACGCAUGUUAUCAAUGCGGUUAGACGAUUGCGUCCCUGGCUACGGCCUAUACUUGCUCCCCGACUCCCCGAGAGCCAACGAUUACGAGCCAUAGAGCGCAAGAUGAAAGACUGCGUGGAGCCUAUAAUUCGUCAAAGACAAGAAGCCGAGAAAUCUGACCUUGCGUGGAAGAAGCCAGAUGACAUGUUGCAGUGGAUGCUGGCGCGCUUUGAAUCCUCGAACGCCACGGAAACGCUUCAUUAUGUCACGAAACAGCAGCUAUUGCUUACCUUUGCGGCUAUUCACACAACCACCAUGGUAACUACAAAUAUACUCUAUACACUGGCUGCGACAACGGAGUAUGUGCCCGCGCUACGCGAGGAAAUCAGUACUGUCCUAGCUGAACAUGGCGGGGUGCCGACGCCCAGAGCCCUCCAACAGAUGGUCAAGCUAGAUUCAUACAUGAGAGAAGUUAACCGCUGCUAUCCACCGGGUCUCAGUGUUUUCUCCCGUAGUGUCCUAAAGCCCAUCACCCUCUCCAACGGCCAACAAAUCCCCACCGGCGUCUCUGUCGAAGUUCCUUCUUUCCAAGUUCUUCCUAGCUGGGAUCCGAACACCGACACCGAUGAAUUCGACGGCUUCCGGUACUACAAGCAGCGAAUCCAAGCGAGCAGACCGGCCGAGCAAGCACGCGCUCAAUUCGUUUCCUCGCAUGAAGAGAGUCUCGCUUGGGGUUAUGGAAGACAUGCUUGUCCUGGGCGUUUCUUUGCUGCGAGUGAAAUCAAGAUGCUACUUAUCAAGUUUAUUAUGGAUUAUGAUAUUAGCAUGCCUGAUGGUCGCAAGGAGAGAUAUGCGCAGGUUGGAAUAGGAAGUCUCUGUUCACCGGAUACGAAAAAGGCAUUGGUUUUCAAGAGAGUUGUACGUUCGUAG